AUGUCAAAGGAUAGCGAUAUAAAAGGUUUAAAAUAUCAUAUUGAUUGGUUAGAGAAAUCGAUUGCCGAAGAACAUAUUAAAUUUUAUAAAUACUCGGAUUUCCAAAAUAAAAGUUACAUAGGAAAGGGUUCAUAUGGAAAGUCGUCAUCAAUCAAAAUGUGGAAGAGGUAUAAUAAUCAGUAG